GAUUUAUAUUAAGUACAUAUAGCAGGCCCAUUUAACCUUUUUGGUAUAUAUAUGAGAAAGCAAUAGGUUUUCAUUAUUCCUCUCUAAGUUUCACCAGUCGCUUCUCCUGAUACACUUUCUCCUUCGACGCUCUUCAAAAAUUUAUUCAUAGGUUAGAAACUGACUGAGAAUGGAGGAAGAGAACAACGAAAUCAAAUCGUUCACAGAUUUGGGCUUACCUGAGCAAUUGGUGGAAGCUUGUCACAAAUUGGGUUGGAAGGCACCGCUAAAAUUUCAAAUUCAAGCAAUUCCCCUUGCACUACAAGGAGGAAAAGAUGUGAUUGGAGUUGCUGAACCGGGUUCUGGUAAGACUGGGGCUUUUGCUCUCCCUAUAUUGCAUGCACUCUUACAAGCACCACAGCCAAACCAUUUUUUUGCUUGUGUAUUGUCUCCCACAAGGGACCUUGCUAUACAAAUUUCUCAACAGUUUGAAGCUUUAGGUUCUGGAAUUGGUGUCAAAUGUGUUGCGCUUGUUGGAGGCGCUGACUCUGACUUGCUACCCCAAAUCAUCAAGCUAGCAAAGAUGCCUCAUAUUAUUGUUGGGACUCCUAACCGUGUCUUGAAUCACCUAAAUCGCGCCAAAGAUUUUUCUCUUUGUAAAUUAAAAUACUUGGUCUUAGAUGACGCAGACAGGCUUUUGAAUGAGGAUUUUGUGGACUCACUUAAUGAGAUUUUAGAAAUGAUCCCUCGCGACCGGAGGAUAUUCCUUUUUUCUGCCACAAUGACAAAGCAGGUCAAGAGGCUUCAAAGGGUUUGUUUAAGGAAUCCUGUGAAGGCACAACCAUAAUAUCUGUUUUAUUAGAAGUUGCACUCUUGCUAUUUCAGGUCGAGAAGCUUCAAAGGGUUUGUUUAAGGAAUCAUGUGAAGGCACAACCAUAAUAUUUACAAAUAUAUGUUUAUGGAUAAGGAAAACUAUACUCCUUUCCUUGAAAGGUUAACGUUAUUGCAGUGGUUUUCUUACCUUCUUAAUGACAAUUUUUACCUUGGAUUUAAAGCAAGUUCACUUUGAACCUCAA